AUGUCACCUUCACCACCUUCACACAUCUUGAUCAUUGGAGGUGGCAUCUGCGGAGUAUCAACCGCUUAUUUCUUAUCGACUCAUGCGGCUAGAUCAUCUUCCACCAAGAUCACUUUACUCGAAGGAACGAAAAUAGCAGCCGCUGCAUCUGGCUAUUCGGGUGGGUUCUUGGCUAAAGAUUGGCAUGGAAGUGCAACUGCGAGUCUAAGUGCAAUGAGUUACGAUUUACAUGCCCAAUUAGCAAAAGAAUUUGGAGGUGAGAAAUGGGGUUAUAGAACUGUCGAUACUUUGUCAAUCGAAACAGACGCUACAAGGAAAUCUAAACGAUCAUCACCUUUACCAUGGCUCGCAGAUGGACUCGUUCACUCGUCUCGAUCUUUGGGUAGUCACAAUACUACAGCUCAAGUGCAUCCUGGACAGUUUACGAAUUUCUUUUCCGCCAAAUUCUUAGAACAACCUUCCACUUCACUCGAAAUUGGAACAGCUACAUCACUCAAGCUGGACGAAAAUGGUUCUCCCCAAUCAGUCGAAUACGUUAAGUCAGAUGGAUCAAAAAGUGAUAUGGAAGUUGACACUGUAGUUUUGGCAGCGGGACCUUGGACAGGUACAUUGGCAGAGAAAUUGCUGGGCGAUAAAAUCGGUGGCAAAUUAGGUGUUCAAGGUCAUAGAGCACAUUCAGUAGUCUUGAAAACAAAAGAUCGAUUAUCAGCUACUUGCCUGUUUACAAGUAUGACUAUGGAAGAUGGAAGUGCUGGUGAACCAGAAGUUUACGCUAGACCGGAUGGUACAACGUACAUUUGCGGAGCAGGUGACGAUGAACCAUUACCUGCGACAGCAGCGGAAGUAUCACCUUCACCAAACGCAAUCUCGAAAUUACACAAACAAGCCAAAGCUUUGUCGGAUGUAUUUUCGACUGAGAAAGGAGUCGAAAUAGUUGCCGAACAAGCUUGUUAUCUACCUAUUGCAGAUAGAGGCAGACCGUUGAUAGGUAAAGUACGAGGUGUACAAGGUGUUUUCAUUGGAUCUGGCCUCUCUUGUUGGGGUAUAACUCAAGGUCCAGGUACAGGAAAAGUCUUGGCUGAAAUGAUAUUAGAAGGUAGACCUAAAUCCGCAGAUAUAUCAAAACUCGCUCCUUGA